UGAAAAGAACACUGGUUUCUGGGAAGUGAAAAGAACAGUAAAACUGGGAUCCAGGAAGUGAAAAGAACAGCAAAACUGGGAUCCGGGAAGUGAAUAGAACAGUAAAAAAGCAUUACACAUAUAUGUUAUCAAGAGUAAUAACAUUUGAAACAAUCUGAAAUAUGAAAAUUGGAGAGUCGCUGAGAUUUUUGGCUACAAUCCUUUAAGGAAAUAUAUAAUCCCUGCAUCAAGUCUAAAAAGUGUAACUGUUAAAGUGUGUAAAGGGAAUAGUUGUACUGGUAGGAGUUCAUAACGGCGCGGACCGAUCAUCCAGCCAGAAGCGGCUGGAACGUAUUUGACUGGAUUGUCUGAGCCGGUACGACUAGAAUAGCAACUACCUGAAGCUGGAAAUAAUACUGACCAGUACUACUUGAACUGCAGGUGGGAAUAUUCAAGGCUGAGAGAGACGGGACGGGACAGAAUAUCCGGGAGCCGAGAAGUCACCGGAACCCAGAGUAAACAAACUAAUACUCUUUCAGUUUUACUCCUUCAGCUUCAUAGAAUGGAAUCAUGAAAAUCCUUCGAACAAAUCGGCAUACUUUUAGAAACUUUAUUAGUGAAUAUAUAACCGGUUUUCACCGGCAUCGACGAAAACUGGUUUGUCGAAGUGCUCAGCUAGUCGUGACGGUCAGCUUGCUAGGCCUGCUUACCAUUCAUUUAGUACAGUACACAAAUAUAGAAGAAUUAUCAACAGAUGUAGAUUCACGAGUCUUGGAUGGAAGAGAAAAACAAGUUUUGAGAAUAGAAAAUUAUGAAAGAGAAGAAGAGGAAAAAGAAGAGCUGGAAAGUGAAGAAGGGGAAAGGAAAAGGAGAGGAGGUGAAGGAGAAAGAGGAGAGGGAAGAAGAAGAGGUCGUCUUUCCAACCAGCUUAAAUUACAAGAGCUUACACAAACAAAUAUAAACAUAAGGGUAGUGUCAAGUAAAGAUAGGGUAUCCGUCUCAGUAGAUAAUACUUUGAUGUAUGAGGACCAUGAUGAUGUUGGAGGGCGAGGUAUUCAUGUUCUUGUUCUCCACCAAGGAACAGGAGCUCUCAUGGCAAGCAGAGUGUUUGAUACCUACUCUCCUCGGGAAGAUGAAGCAUUAACAUUAUUCGUCAAUAUGGUGGCCGACGGACGAAUAUUCGUGCUAGCCAUCAAAGACGAGGGAACCUUCCAGCUGAAAGCGGCUGGCCGCCGAUUAUUCCGAGAGCUGGGUUCAGUAGAGAUGGAACGGGUUGGGUGGAGGGAUAUGUGGGGAAUGAUCUGUAUAAAAGGAGUAGGAUUGAUUAGUGAAGGAUAUUCUAAAUCUCCUGAUUUCGCCUCCUGGGGCGAGGAGUUGGUGGUUCAAGGCGAGUUGGAGCUAGAAGGCGAACCGGAAACUACCUGCUGGGCUGAGGAAAGGCGGAGAGAGUUCUGUGAUAGGAUUGAAGGAUAUGGAUCAGUUUGUAGUUGUGAUAAUCCUGCUCCAAUCGUCUUUAAUCCUCUUCCGGCGAUUAACAAUCAAAUUCAUAAUAUACCUGUUGCCAUUAUCGCCUCUAAUCGCCCCCACUACCUCCAUAGAAUGCUCCAGUCGCUUUUGUCGGCGCGAGGUGCUGAUCCCGAAAUGAUUGUCGUCUUCAUUGACGGGUUCUUUGAGGAAACGCUAGCAGUGGCUAAACUGUUUGGAUUACGAGGUGUCCAACAUGCUCCAGUAGGAACAGGAACCUCUAGAAUAUCUCAGCAUUACAAGAUCUCCCUCUCCGCCAUAUUCUCCAUGUACCCAAGAGCACCCCACGCCAUUGUGCUGGAGGAGGACCUGGACGUGUCCCCAGACUUCUUCAGCUACUUCUCCCAGACGGUUGGAUUGCUGUCUCAGGAUCCUAGUAUCUAUUGUAUCUCCGCCUGGAAUGAUCUUGGUUAUGAAUACACCUCCGCCGAUCCCUCCGCCUUGUACCGCGUAGAGACUAUGCCAGGCCUUGGCUGGAUGUUAAGCAGAAAACUGUUUGAGGUUGAGCUGGAACCGGAGUGGCCGACCCCGGAUAAAACCUGGGACUGGGAUAUGUGGAUGAGGUUGAGUGAGAUCAGGAAGGGACGGGAGUGCAUUAUCCCUGAUGUGUCGAGAACCUUUCAUUUUGGUUCCUCAGGGGUUAACAUGAACUCAUACUUUCAUGAUGUUUACUUCAGUAAACACUCCUUCAACACCCUCCCUGACGUGGAACUAGUCGGGGUUGAUAGUUUAGUCCGUGACGAGUAUGAAUCAUUACUCCGGUAUGAACUAGAGCGUGCUGUAGCUGUAGACUACUCCCCCUGCCACGGGAUGUACAAGGAGAACGGAACCAACCCAAGGGUUCUCUUCAUAGAGAUGAAGCACUCGAAGGACUUCACGAGCUGGCUGGCCUUGGCCAAGUGUUUACACAUCUGGGACCUCGACGCCAGGGGGUUCCAUAGAGGUCUUUGGAGGCUAAAUAUCAAUCAGACUCCAUUCUUCAUAGUUGGUGCUCCUUUCAGCCCAUACUCGAAAUACAAACCUCAGGAUUUUGCUCCACUUCGGCUCCGAACCUGGAAACCAAAAACAAAAUCUGAUCCAUAAACUUGAAAUCUGAUCCAUAAACUGGAAAUCUGAUUCUUAAACCUGAAAUCUGAUCCAUAAACUUGAAAUCUGAUCCUUAAACCUGAAAUCUGAUCCAUAAACUGGAAAUCUGAUCCCUAAACCUGAAAUCUGAUCCCUAAACCUGAAAUCUGAUCCUUAAACCUGAAAUCUGAUCCAUAAACCUGAAAUCUGAUCCCUAAACCUGAAAUCUGAUCCCUAAACCUGAAAUCUGAUCCCUAAACAUGAAAUCUGAUCCCUAAACCUGAAAUCUGAUCCUUAAACCUGAAAUCUGAUUCCUAAACCUGAAGUCUGAUCCCUAAACUUGAAAUCUGAUCCUUAAACCUGAAAUCUGAUCCUUAAACCUGAAAUCUGAUCCAUAAACCUGAAAUCGUUAAAUCUUUUCGUCAAAAUCCAUAAACUUAUGUAUCAAUCUUAAAAAAAAAGAAUUGAGUUUUUGCAACAGACUCAAAUGUCCUAUAAAUUCCUAUAACUGCUGAACCUGAUCGUGUAAACCUUUGAUUUAUCAAUCUUGGGAUUAUUUGAACUAACAGAUUAGAAAAUUUUGGCAAAGAUUCAAUUUCUUUUGACUGAGUCCUGAAUUCAUGGAUAAAAAUCUAGUCUAGAAUAUACUCUAACUCCAAGUGAUAAAAAAGUAGUUAAAUCCCACAGUUUAGUGGAAACGCGAGAUGGUAACUUUUGAAGAAAUCAAGUUGUUGAACUUCAUUAGUUUCCAGCUAAGGAAACUGUUUUCAACUUCAAGCACUAAACAGUCAUGAUUUGUUUAUCAGAGCGUUUUCUUAAAGAUUUUCGUUUAAACGAUAAAAAAACUUAAAAGAUGUUUAGCAAGUUAUAUAAAGCAUUAAAUGGGCAUAUUUUUACUAGUCAGUUAUAAUUUCUAAUGAUUUUUGUAUGAUGUACAUUUGUAAAUACAAACCAGCGAUAAACACUUGUAAAUAUAUUCCAAUAAUGUACUUAUUUAAACAUGAAUCAACCAUGUGACUUCUCUUAGAUCUUAAAAUCCAAAAAAUCAGUUAAAUUUUGAAGGGGUGAUGAUCCACUGUUUAUCUCUGGUUUAUAAGUUAUGCAUAUUAAGUAUUCACACCGUUAUCCUGUUAAGUUAGUCUAAUUCAAGUUUCUAAGUAUGAAAUUAAUAGAUAUUGUGCUUAUUAUUGUUGAAAAUCCUAUAUUUAGAGGAUCCACUUUAUAAGGGAUUGUAGAGACACUCAUGUCUAUAUUUCAUAUUUAUUUUUAUUACAAUUAGUUCUUAUUUCUAAAGGCGUGAAAGGUACUGUCGGCGUAAUUUCAAGUGAUCCUAAGAGGGGCAUGUAAGAUUCACAACGAUGCUCUGAUAACUGAUAACGAAUAUAUCCUUAUUGGAAAAUGCACAUCCUUGAUUAUGAGGGUUAAAGCGCACUGUUCCGUUGUGAAUCGACGUACCUGUUAAUAUAAGAGGUUCAAUUGAGUUUACGUCAGCGUCCCUUUAAGUAAAUAAAAUUAUUGUUUAUACAAAGUAGAAAUGUUUUUAUUAACCCAUGUCAGUCGUACAGCUAGUGGAAGUCUGAAAACAUGAAAAUUUGACCAAUUCAACCCUUUCCACAAGUGAUUCAACCCACCACAGUGGAAUAUAAAAUUAUGAUUGAAUUCUCAUGUUUGAUCCCUCUCUGUACAAUAUUAUAUAUUUUGUGAGCUUAGCUAAAUGUUUAUAACCAAGGCUGUGAUUUAUUCAUCAAAACUCAUUCCGAUGUAAAUAAAUUAUUUAACACGC